AUGUUUUUGUCUUAUACUACCGAGUUGGAUAAUGUUAAAAAUAAACUUAAUUCUCUUGUUGCAAACAAUGUUGGCAAAAAAGUAAACGUUGACUCAGUAAUCUCUAACAAUGUAAAUAACACGUUGCCCCCAGUUAACCAAAAUGCGCCAGGAAUUUUGUGGGCGGACGUCGUGUCAUCACCCACUCUGGACGAAGCGUUCACGUUGGUGAAGCGGCACAACAAACGUCCACGUUUGAAUGUCUCAUUGGAGGUCAACAACAACGGGGGAACCACUUCAAUCAACAACAACGGCGAAACCACUUCAAACAACAACAACGAAAACACGGCAAACAUCAAGACAGCUAAAAAACCAACAAAAGUUAUUAGCAAAAAAGUUGUUGAAGAUUGUAAAUUGAGGGCAGACAAAAAUUUAAUUAAAAAAUCUGUGUUCUCAAUGAGCAACAUUAGUAAAUGCCAUCGAAGAGAUGUUGUUGAAUUUUUGACGUCAAAUGGAAUCAAUGUCAUCACAUGUUAUCCUGUUUUGAAAAAAACAGAAAUAUCGUCGGAUAAAAAUUUUGACAAAGAUGACCAGGAAUCAACAAUGUUCAGAGUCUGCAUCGAUAGCUCAGAUGUCGAUAAGAUGAAGGAUCCUGACAUUAUGUUGAAAAACAUUAUUGUGCGCGAAUGGCGCUUCAAUCAGACGAAACCUGAUGCUAAUACUCUGAAUGGAAAAACCAGCAUUAGAAAGCAAUCAGUGAUAGACAACAUUUUUGUGAACUGUUUAAAACCUUCAAGACUGAAUGGCGUUGUGAUGUGCGAUCUAUCAGAUCACUUUCCGAUUUUUGCUUCAAUUGAUGAUGGAAAUAGAAGCAUUGAUGUGAAAGAUUCAACACAAAUGACAUUCUCUUUUUCAAGACAUCAUCUGCGGAGAUUGAAUGAACGUUUGCAAUUUUCGGACUGGAGUGAAGUUUUUGAUUGCAUCGAUGUUGAUAUGGGGUUUGAAUUGUUCAUCAACAGAUUUCAAUCCUAUUUCUAUGAUGCGUGUCUGAUAAAAUCAAAUAGAAAGAAAAACAAACUCUCCAAACAAAAGCUGUGGUUCACUGCAGAAUUUAAAAAAUUAUUAAAAAAGAAAAAAUGUUUAUUUAAAAUAUAUCUGAAAAAUCCGUCAGAAGAUGGACUUUUAAAAUUCAAGACUUGUAGUAAACUGUGUACCAACUUAAAAAACAAAUUAAAACGUAGAUACUACACCAACCAAAUUGAGCAAAAUAUAAACAACAGCAAAAAAACUUGGUCAAUAAUUAAGGAAGUAUCGAAUAGAUCCAGUAGCAAUAAAACGAAUUUGCAAGUAACUUCAAAUGAACAAAUAAUUGAAAAUCCAGAAAAUUUUUUGAAUGAUUAUUUUAUCAACAUAGCACCAAAUCUGCUUAAAUCAUUUCAAACAAAUAAUCAAUGGAAAAAGUUUCUUGGCAACAAAAUACCAAACUCGUUUUUUUGCCUCCACGCAUCUGCAGAAGAAAUUAUUUUCGCAACAAAAUUGCUGGCUCCAAAAUCUUCUAGCGGCUGGGAUAACAUUCCAACAAAAAUAGUCAUAUCAACAAUCCACUCCACAGCCUGGGUUCUCGAGCACAUCACCAAUCGCUCACUUACAACAGUUGGCCAGAUCAAUAGGAAUAAUAAAUAG